GGCUGUCGCGCCGGUAUGCCAGGUGGCGCCGACUAAGCAGAACCCGAUUGUCAACGACACUCAGGGUCACCCGUGGCUGACGGAUCAGGGGGUGUCGUGCGCCUACAGGCACCCAGUGCAGUUCCCCAAACCGCAGCCGGGGGCCGCGCGGCGCGCGCACCACUGA